UAGAAAUGGGGAGUAAGAUAGAGAAUAAUUUCUUACUUUGGACAAUCGUUUCAGUGUUAGCUCUUCAAAGCUUGUCAACUCCAGCUUCUUGUAGCCGGAGGAUUCAGGAGGGACUCUCUGAGGAGAAGAACUAUUAUGGUCCUAGUACUCCAUAUAAUGGAAGCCCUCACAAACAUUCAUCAUCAAAGUCUCCUUCCUGUCCCACCCCUAGCGGCGGCAGCAGCGGCCACGGAACUCCGACGACGCCCUCCCAUGGAAGCGGAUCAGUACACCACAAUACACCUCCAAGCUACGGCGAUGGUGGCUCCCCUACCUCACCUACGCCAGCGACAACUUUUCCCUCUCCGCCGACGACCACCAUUCCCUCUCCAUCGGCGGAUUAUGACCACAGCGGCCCACCUUACCAUCCUGGCACAUGCAGCUAUUGGAGCGCCCACCCCGACAAGAUUGUAGCAGUGAUUGGCUAUUUGGGCACCGUGGGAGACAUUUUCGGCGCUGGCUGCGUCUUUGCGUUUGGAGGAAAAAAUCCCACCCUUCAUGACGCUAUCGCUAACAAAGAUACCGACGGCUUCAGUGCCCUCCUAAGAGAAGGAACAGCCGCCCUUCUCAACUCUAUUGCGUGCAAGUCCUUUCCAUUUACUAAACAGCAGGUUAAGAGUUCCUUCGCUGCAGCGCUUGUCAACGCCGGUGCCGCUGCUGCACAGGCCAAUGUCUUUAAGUCAGCCAAUGCGGGCCUAUACAAAAGUUAAUUAGUUUAUUAAGUCAAUCCGGUUAUCUUUAUUUGCAACGCGUUGAUCUGUUUUGUCUUGUCUUGUCUUAUCUAUGAUUUGCAUGUUUGAUUAGAUCUUGUGUACGUUAAUGGUGUGGUGAA